GUAUUUAAUAAGCGCCGACUGAGCGCUUCUAAGCCACAGUCGCUAUUCAAAUUUGGUUGAGUUAAGUUAGCUUUAGCAUUAAAAAAGCCGCCGUACAAAUUAGCAAUAUGAAGAGUCUAAAUUUCUUGGCAUUGUUGUUGGUAUUGAUGUUAGUUGGCUUGUUUGAUAACACCAGCGCCGCUGAUUGUGAAUUGAACGGUGCGAAAGCAAACGCCGGUGAGAAGUUCCAAGUAAAAGGCUCUUGCCAAGAGUACACAUGCCACGGUCCGGGCUCUAUUACAGCUUUAACUUGUGCUGCUGUAGCUGCUCCACCAAGCUGUAAACAUAUACCACAAGACAACUCGAAACCCUAUCCGGCAUGUUGUGAGUCGUACGAUUGCUAAGAUUUGUAUUUUGUUCAACGAAACCACUGUGAAAGAAGGGCAAAUAAAGUACAAUAAAACGAGGGCUCCUGUG